AGUGCAGACCAGCGAAGAAGACAGAAGACCACGGAAACGGUAAAGACUCAAUCUGGAAAUUGAGAAAGAAUAAAAAGGAGAAGAAGGAAGGAGGAGAAGGAAUUGAAGACCAAGGAAGUAGAAGGAACAGACAGAAGAAAAGGGAAGAAGAAGGAAGAAGAAGACCUGGCAACUUCUCCGGCGACGAUCUGAUAUCCGGCGACGACAAGCGGUCCGGCGAUAAUCAACGGCAGACCGGCAAUGAACACAUGGCAUCUCAAAUCAAUACCGUCGAGAAGAUUUACUCCCGCUUAUUCUCCAACUCGCUCCAUCUUUGCAAGGAGGAAGAACUGACUGAUGCACCACAUAAAUGUCGACGAAAAUGGAAGGAAUAUCCUGCGCGAAUGAUGGGUAAAAGACUUCUUGUAGCUGCUCCCGUCCGGACUCCGGACUUGCGAUUACUCUGGUCCAGCGGCAUUUUUGUCUUCACAUUCAAAUUAAGUCUUAUUUAGGAGUUAAAAACUUGUACGGAGUAACUCCUAUUUUCAUUCCCCUUCAUUAGUUUACUCCUACAUGAGUCUUAUUCCCAUUUAUGUGGCAAUAUAUAUGAAAUAUCAUUUAACACAUCACAUCACUUUUAUAUCAAAUGUAAUUAUAAUUUA